AUGUCGAGUCAAAGGCGAUCUAAGAGGUCUCAAAACUUAUCACAAAGUCAACGAUGCUCUCAAGAUCUAUUCAAGACUCAAACGCAGCUUGUUAAAGACGAAUAUAUGGUUGAUAUGAACAUCGAAGAACAAAUUAAUAAGUUAGUUCAAUAUUUUGUGAUUCGAGCAGGGGAAAAUUCGAUAUUUAAACAGUCCGAUCUUAAGAAGAUCCUUCCACAAAGCGGGAGAAGUUUUCAAGAUAUUCUCGAAGGAACUAAGAGAGUGUUAUCGGAUGUUUAUGGAUUUAACGUUAACACGUUAGAUGCUAAAACGUACUCGAUGAGUAAUGCUUUACCAUACAUUAGGGACCCAACUGAAAGUAUUACAGAAAGAAAUUUACCGGCAGAUGUAAAUAACAUCCUCGUGAUGCUAGUUUUAAGUCAUAUUUUUAUGAGUAACAAUAGUGUAGGUGAAAACUCAAUGUACCAAUUUUUACUAAAACUGGGGAUUGAUGUUGAGCGAAAACACGAAGUUUUUGGAAACGUAAAGGAAUUCAUACUCGUGAAGAUGAAAAACGAUAAAUACUUGAAUAUAGAAAAGAAUACCUUAACGAAUGAUUUAACGUUUUCCUGGGGUGCCAAAGCUGAAAAGGAAAUAUCCAAGCACAAAAUACUAAAAUUUGUUUGUACAAUGCACAAUAAUGCGACAAGUAAGAACAAACCAAGCUCUUGGGUUACUCAGCACGAAGCGGCAAAUACACAACAAAUGAACAAUGACGUUACUAUGAUUGAUGAUGAAUGA